AUGGACAUGACACAACAAGUUGCAAGUAUAACUUGCUCACACAGGGGUCUGAAAACUUUUCAGUCAAGACCGGUCGGGGCUCUAGAGAGGAAGAAUCUACACCGAUCACGAUGCGAGCAACAAGAGCCUUUAGAUGAAGAACGCCCUACUAAUACAAGUCAAGGAGAGGAAAGGAUUCAAGAUCCCGAGACAAGAAGGGGUGAAGGCCAUGAAGAACGAGAGAGGAGGAUGGGGGGUCAAAGCAACGAGACACCGGGAUCGCGUCGCCUUACGACACCAAUAACAGUCAUUUCUAAUAAGGAGGGGAUGGAAAUUGACCAGCCUUAA